GACAACUACCGCAGAAUAGAUUAAAUACUUCCUUACUCUAAAUAUGGUCUAGUUAGUAGAUACUCAUGUUAACACUUUGAUAGUUAGAUAAUACACAAUAUUUUAUUAUUAUUAAUAUUAUUUAAAAAACGGAUAAUGCCCGUCAGAUACCUAUUAUAUAAAUUAAUGAAAUUAUUCAAUUUAAACAAAUUAAGGCCAACACUCCUCGUAUGCAAUGUUGUUUAUUAUUAAAUGUUACAGUUUGUAUUGCAGUUUCUAUGUGUUCGAACACAUUAGGUAGCCACCGAAUUGAACACACGACACCACCACCGGACACACAAUCGACGUCCGGAAGAUGGACUUUUGGAAAUAUAUCGUUAGGAUUAAGAUACCCAGUCCGGUGAGCUAUAUGAGCGCGAUCCUUUUAUUAAUUUUCACGACGGGCGUCUACAAGCAGUUGACGUUGACCCAAAAGACGGCCAACAAUUGUGAGAUGACGUUCAUGUUUGAAUACCCUCAUUUUGUUGAAAUAUCGGUGCCCAUGAACAGGGGAAAGUAUAAUUUGUACGCAUACACCGAAGGCCAAACAAUGGAGAAAAUAAAAUCUAUGAAGUUUUAUGGUACGCCAGUUGUUUUUAUACCCGGACACAGUGGAUCGUACAGACAAGUUCGGUCCAUUGCUUCGGUUAACAUUAGAAAGAUGUACCAUAUUCAAUCAAAUAUAAAAUUUGAUUUUUUUACUGUCGACUUGAAUGAAGAAUAUUCUGCUGUCUUUGGAGGUGUCUUAUUACAGCAAACUGCAUUUGUUUCCCAGUGUAUUGAUACAAUCAUAAAAACAUAUGAGUAUGACUACAAGCCUACGUCAAUCAUACUUAUUGGACAUUCUAUGGGUGGUAUUAUAGCCAAAGGAUUGUUCAUUGAUCCUUCGUUUGAUACCGAACUCGUAGAACUGAUUAUUACUCUUGCCACUCCCCACAGGCCUUUGUUUUUAGCCGAUCACUAUAUGGAUAGCUAUUAUGACCAAGUAGAAAAAAUUUGGGGGAACGGAUUAGACAAGCCAAGGUCUUCAUUUCUGUCAAAUAUUUCACUAUUAUCCAUUGGUGGUGGGCAUCGAGACUUAAUGGUUUGGCCUUGCCUGACGUAUACUCCACAUGCAGACAUAAAUGCAUUAAGUUUAGCUAUACCUGGUGUCUGGACUUCUACUGAUCAUCAGUGUAUAUUGUGGUGUAAAUCAUUGGUAAAAUCCAUUGUAAGAGUGCUAUUUGACUCCGCAGAAUCUGAAUCGGACAAUACAAUUUAUGAAUGGAGAAAAAAAGUAUCUUCUUAUCAUUUUGACAAAAGAAGUAAUGGAAAAUGGUUUCAUUCUAAUUUACAUCCUAUUACUGUAAAGUUGAAUGAACCAAACGUGAUUGAAUGGAAUGAAACAUAUAAGCUUCAAAGAUCAAUUUCAUUGGAGAAAGGAACGGCAAUGCCAAUUGUCAUUCAUCUGCCAUUGUUUGAAAAAUCGUUUAAUUAUGAAAUGACAGCCGAAGCUGUAAAUAUUGAAUACCACGAUUGGGUGUUUUCGUGCAAACCUGAUUAUCAUUCAAAAAAACACUGUUUAUUUGGUACAAAUUGGUCUUCUAACAGUACUAUAUCAGUUUCGAAACAUAUGAAAAGGAGACAUAUUACUUUAAAUAUGCCCGACGUAAAUAAAUUGGGUCAUUCAAAUUUGGUUUUCAAAAUCAAAAAUACGAAAAAACCUACUGCUUUGAAUAUUGACUUGUAUGAAGCUAGUGAUAGAACUAAUCAAAUAUCGUGGCAAUUCUGGUAUGGAGUUUUUGAUAGACACCUGUUGUGGAAAGUCAAUGUUUUUGAGACGAUACAGUACAAAACUAUUCUACGUGGUUGGUCAGCUAGUAUAUGCAUGCAUUGUGUGUAUAAUGUACACAUGGUACCCAUCAAAUGCUCAAAAAAACAUCAUCAUGCUGUUUCUAAAUUUAUCGUACCAUGGACACAAGGUGUUUUGCAUGGUAUCACUAGUGACAGUUAUGUGGAACCACUGAGAAUAUCUUUAGAAAACAUUCCUCAGUCAAAUGCAACACAAAAUCCAUAUUUGCAAUUCAUAUUAGACCCCACAUGCAACUAUCGUAUUGAAUUUGAUCUAUCAAUUAUGGACUCAAUUGGAACAAUAGGAUUGAAAUACGGUUUGACAUUUCCCUCGUACAUUGGAAUCAUAAUACUGUUGGUGUUGUCAAAUCAAUUUUCACAGUUGGCCAAUUCAACUAAAGAUGAUUGUUCAAUAUAUCACAACUCCUUACCAUCUAUAAUCAGAGUUUUUAAGACUUUAGUUGUUACAAUUUGUUUUUUGACUGCUAUACAAAGCCAGUGGCCUAACGUCAAUAAACCAAUUGGUGGUAUAGACUGGCUUGGACAUCCGUUAAAGACAAUGGUGUUUUCGUCAUUGCUAUAUUGCAUAACCAAUUCAUUUAUGUAUUUUGCUAGUGUAGCACUAUGGAUGAUGAUGUUGUUUUGGGGGAAAGCCAUUAACGAACUGUUGGUCCGGUUUAUAAUGAAAAUGUUGCGAAAAAAUGCUACAUUAUCUGACUGGAUAUUGUAUGGAUUUGGAAAAUUACCAAUAGCUGUUUCAAUGAUAGCCAUUUUAAUUUCUUACCAUACUUGUGGGACUGUAGGACUUGUUAUUUCAGCAUUUUUCUAUUAUUUCUUACUGUGCACAAUGGUACAAGACUGCAUUGAUCAGUUGAUUUAUUACCCAGUGAUAUUUUUCAAAGAUUAUUUUAUGAAAGGCGAAAAACCCGGUUUGAAUUUAUCGCUGACAUCCAUCCACCUGCACUUUUCACUGUUUUUGUUGUGGUUACUUAUUUGCGGUUGUCAUCUGCCGUGCAGCAUUGAAUGGGCACGAAAUUACCAUCACAGCAAAUACUUAGAUCCAGAUCCAUCAUGGAUUUCCUCUUUAAUAUUAAAUACAUGUGCAGGUAUUUUAUGGCAGAUGGACAUCCCCAAACGUAAUUUAAAAUUCUACGCACAAUUAAGCAACCUUUGUGUGGUGGCUUCAAUAAUUUUGUUUUUGUUCUGCCAGACUGCAUUAUUUCGAAUAGCUCCAAUUUUAACAUUGGUUUUUUUAAUCAUCACUUUGCACCAGUGUUUUAGUUCUUGGAUAGGAGUACAAGACUUGAUUGAUAACCAAGUAAGUAGUGACAAUGAUAAGGUGCCACAAAAAAAGGUGGAGUAAAUGAUAAAUUGUAAGUAAGUUUAUUAUAGUAUAUGUAUAGUUAAUAGGGGUGGACUGGCAAGGGUGUACUAGUGUGCUAUAGCAUACCAGCUUAAUUUGAUGUUGAGAAGGGGUCGACGAUUAUUUAACAAUAUUAAAUUAUGAUUCAUUACUAUUAGUUAAUUAUUGUAUAAUACUGGUGUCUGGUACACAUACCUUUUUUUUUCCUUGGUACCGAAGACUGGAGGAGGACCUGCUGUUAGCAUUACUUCCCCUCUGCCCCCAAUGGUACGCUUAUCUGUCAGUACGCCCCUGAUAGUUGAUUUUUUUAUUUAACAGUGAACAUAAUUUUUGUUAAUUGUUGUGUUUUGUAAGAAGAAACAAUUUAAUAACUUCUAUAUCAGGGAUUCUUAAACUUUAUUUUUCUAUUAUUGUUGGCCCACUUGAAUACAACAUUUUACUAUUUUGGCCCACCAAAGAAAACAAAUUAGACAUCACUGGUUUAAAAGUGCAUAUAAUAUGUAAAUAUCAGAUGUUGAAGCAAUAGUUUAUAUUUUUUACUUUUACCAUUAUAAGUUUUUAAUAAGAAAAAAGAAAUCGCAAAAAUGGCAUAAACUUUAAAUACUGAAAACUAUUAGUUCUAUACUGAUACUUUUCAGUUGUAGUAGAUAUUCCAGCAGCCAAGCCUCUGGACCACCAGUAUUCUCGAUUCUAUUAUUUUACUCAGCACUAUCUUUUUCUAAGUGUAUAAUGUACAUUUAUGUUAUUUUACUAACAACCACCAAUAAACCAAAAAUUUGAUAAAUUAGAAUUUAAAAAUCGCAUAAAGUGGUUUUACAAAUACCUUUUGUGUCCUCUGUGUCCAACAAUUCCAUAGUUUUGUGACCAAACUUGCACAUCUGGUUUAUAUGUUAUAAUACAUGUGACUGAUUUGGUUGACUGCUAUUAUAAUGAUUUUGAUUUGACUCGUCCUUUUUCCAUGAUUUGUUCUGAUUCUGCUCCUUGGUCCUAUAUUUGUUUACUACUUCAUGCACGGCCUUGUCUGAUUCAUUUCCCGUGAUCAAGAUCCUUCUGUUUGACUCUGCACGUUCCACUGAUUGGCAAUAUGAUACUACUUUGUUCAACGCAACAUCAUCUCUUAGCAAUCUGGUUUGGGUUUCUUUAUCAAAUAUUCCCAACACUAUCUGCGUUCUUAAUAUUUUGUUCUCAGCUUCUCCAAAAUUACAUCCUUUGAUUAAUUUUUUCAGAACUGUGUACCAUACAUCAAACUGUUCACCAUCAUGUUGUUUUCGGUUAAAGAAAUUAAAAUGUUCUAUAAUUUCAUUGGUUUUAGGAAUGCAGUAUUCUUCCAGUGAUUUUAAUAUUGUGUAUACUGAUUCUUCUCCAACCUUCUUGAUUGUAUUGUAUAAUUUUAAGCCAUCAUGACCCAUCAAAUUUAAUAAGCGAACCACUUGUACAUCUGAGUCUUUCUUAUUCGUUUCUGUCGCUUUAAAAUAUAUUUCGAAUUCUUGUUUAAACAUUUUGAAAUUUUCAGACAAGUUACCUUCGAGGCACAGACCAUUGAGUCUAUUAAAUUCCAAUGCCAUCGCUGCUAGUUUCAGUAUUUUGUAAUCUGAAUUUAUCUAUUUAAUCUUUAAUUUAACACUUGUAUCCUACCUCGACUGCGCCAUGUUACAAUAAAGUGUUCUUAAAUAUAAUUAACAGUCACAUUUUUUAUAACAUUAUAAAGAGCACAGCAGUCUUAAAAAAAUUCCAUCUUAUCUUUUUUGUCAGUACAUACCUUAGAUCAUUUAUUAUGGAUGGAUCCAUGCCUAUAUUGGGCCGUGUUAAUAAUUUGAAGUACGUAUAAGCGACGAGUCUCUGUCAUUGAUGCUUGAUGUGCGCAUUAGUUUGUUAGAUUCUUAGAUAAGUAAUAUUUGGGUAUAAUAAUAGUGUAAAUUAUGAUAAUGGUAAUAUUCUGAAAAUUAUUCCUUCUAAAAGGAUGAAACAUUAAAAUCAGAGUCUAACUUACAUAGAUCAAUUUAAGAUAUGGGAGUACAGGGAAAACAGCUAUUUAAAUUUUAAAUUGUGUGUUCACAUAGUUUAAAUUAAGGUAUCAUAAACCUUAAAUACAAAUUAUUGAGAACAAUUUUAACGGUAUUUUAUUUGGAGGAUUUAUUUUAAAUGUUUGUUAUUUAGAGUUUUAUAAAAAUACUUGAAUGUGAUAAAAAAUAAUAAUAAAAAAAUAAAAUUGUUCUCAAUAAUUUUUGAUAGGUAUUAUGAGUAAUAAUGACACUUCAUCUAUUACUGUUUCAUCACGAUAUUGGAAAUUGUAAAAAAUACAAUAAUUGACUGAAAUAUUAUGUUCACUGUAAAAAGAAUCUCUGGCUAUAAAUUAAUUAAUAUAUGUAUACAGUGGAGUAGUUUUGGUGGGGGGUUAUGAUGGUGAUAGAUAAUCUACCAUAGAUCCCCCUUGAGCUUUUUUUUUUAUAUUAUAAUAUGAUGUACCUAACGUAGUGUGCUUAUGUGUAAAGGUAUUUAUGAUAUAAAUAGUCGUGAUCACAACUCAGAAGUGCCCCUUAUCUUAUCUUAUCUUUAUUUUUUAAAUGUUCAAACCAAAACAUUAAGUAUAAUAGAUAUUGUUGAAAUAAAAGACUUAAUUGGCCUAACAAGUUGACUAUCCCUCCAGAACAAAUUCAUAACUACACCACUGUAUAUAAUAUAUAUAUAUCCAUAAUAUAUGUGUGUAUUACUGAAUUUUGUUAGGCUAUUUUUAUUUAGUUUUUACAUUUUAUUUGCCUCAUACCAGUGUCAUUUCAUGUUUUUAAAGACUGAUUCGUGUUUUUGAUCUAUUAUUUAUGGUUUUGUUUAGCAUUUUAUUUUUCUUGUAUUUAUUUAGUUGAUAAUAUCAUUGAUUAUAAAUACUAGUAUUUUGUUUAAAUGUAAUUAUUUGUUGUGAACAUUGAAUGUUGUAUUCUAUAAUCUAAAUGUUAAAACUUAUAACUCUAAGUCAUAUACAAUCUUCUAGUCAGUUGUGUAAACUCAAUAACUUUUGAAUGUAAACAUAAAUAUCCAUAUAUUAUGAUCAAUUGUCUUCAAUGUUUCAUUAGUAAUUAGUCAUUAGCAAUAGAUAAUAAUAAUAAAAUAUAAGUAACAUGAAAAAAAUAUAAACUUCUAUAUUAUAUUGUUUAUCUGAUCUUGUUGUGACGUGUAUAUAUAUAUAUAUUAUUAUAACAACUUUAAUAACUUAUUAGUAGGUACCAUUGAUUAUAAAUACUAGUAUUUAUAAUCAAUGGUAGGUACAUACUAAUACAAUCAUUGUGUAGGUAUUAUAUUUUUGUGUCUAAUAAAUUCAUCGAUUGCAAUUUGAAAUUAACACAUUUAAAUAAAUGUGUUGUGUUAACCUACC